AUGGAAAGGACCAAUUGGACAGAGAUCGAGUUCAUUCUGCAGGGACUUUCUGAGUACCCGAGAGCUGAAAAACUUCUUUUUGCAACAUGCUUGGUGAUGUACCUGGUGAUCCUUUUGGGGAACGGCACCUUGGUCAUCCUAACUCUCCUGGAUUCCCGCCUCCACACGCCCAUGUACUUCUUCCUUGGUAAUCUUUCCUUCCUAGACAUUUGGUAUACAUCCUCCUUUAUCCCCUCAAUGUUGAUACACUUCCUAUCAAAGAAAAAAACCAUCUCCUUCACUAGAUGUGUGGUGCAGAUGUCUGUCUCCUACAGUAUGGGGUCCACAGAGUGUGUGCUCCUAGCAGUGAUGGCAUACGAUCGGUUUGUGGCCAUUUGCAACCCUCUGAGAUACCCCAUCAUCAUGAGCAAGGCACUUUGUAUUCAGAUGGCUGCUCUCGCCUGGGGAUUGGGUUUUUUCAACUCACUGACAGAAACUAUUCUUGCAAUACAGUUGUCCUUUUGUGGAAAAAAUGUCAUUAAUCAUUUUGUUUGUGAAAUAUUGGCCUUUGUCAAGCUGGCUUGCACAGAUAUUUCCUUGAAUGAGAUUACUAUAAUGUUGGGUAAUGUAAUAUUUUUGUUUACUCCACUACUGUUGAUUUGUAUCUCCUACAUUUUCAUCCUUUCUACUGUACUAAGAAUCAAUUCAGCAGAAGGAAGAAAAAAGGCCUUUUCCACCUGCUCAGCCCACAUAACAGUGGUGACUGUGUUUUAUGGGACAAUCCUCUUCAUGUAUAUGAAGCCAAAGUCCAAAGAUUCUGCUUUUAACAAAUUAAUUGCCCUCUUCUAUGGAGUAGUAACACCCAUGCUCAAUCCUAUCAUCUACAGCCUGAGGAAUACAGAGGUGCAUGGGGCUCUGAGAAAAUUGGUGAGUAGACACUGGUUCUGGAGGAAAGGAUGAGAAACACACAUCUUUGAAGUCAU